CUGCAGCAAUUAAACUUUGGACUUUGGGUGCUAGUCACGUGCUUCCGUGAUUUCCCAGCAGGAGCAGAUUUGUUUUUUCCCCGCCAAUUCUUGCCACUGCUGUCGCGUUGACGCGUUUAGGCAGGUAGCGAGCCCCUGCCUGAACCGGCCAUCCAUGCAUCCAGUUCGAUUCUUCACUCCAAUCUUUCCCCGUUGCUUUGUGAUCGACGUACCGCAUUUUUGAUUGAUAGCCUCGUGGCCUCGGUUUCUCGUUUUACAUCUUCAAGCGCCCGUUGUUUUUCUGUCCCGGAAUUAUUUUUCUACCCCAGAAAUCAGAUCCGGUUCAUAUCCCCACGAUGGCGGAAGAGUAUGAAGAGGAGAUGAAUGGCGAGGAUACCGGUAUGACCGGCCCUGGUGCUCCAACACCAAUCAGUGCUUUAGAGGGGAUUGCUGGCCUCACAAAACGUGAUUGUCAGCUCUUAAUGGAUGGUGGUUAUCAAACGGUCGAGUCCGUGGCAUACGCACCCAAACGCAUGCUAGAGCAGGUCAAGGGCAUCUCCGAGCAGAAGGCUGCCAAAAUGCUGGCUGAAGCUUGUAAAAUUGUUCCCUUGGGCUUUACUACGGCGACGGAAAUGCACCAACGCAGAAGUGAGCUCAUAUCGAUUACAACAGGGUCAAAGAACCUGGACACAUUGUUAGCUGGUGGUAUCGAGACCGGCUCAGUGACAGAGCUCUUUGGCGAGUUUCGGACAGGAAAGAGUCAAAUCUGCCACACACUCGCUGUGACAUGCCAGUUGCCCUUCGAUAUGGGAGGCGGAGAGGGCAAGUGUCUCUAUAUUGACACUGAAGGCACUUUCCGUCCGGUACGGUUACUAGCUGUCGCCAACCGCUAUGGCUUAAAUGGCGAAGAAGUGUUAGACAACGUUGCGUAUGCGCGCGCAUACAACUCGGAUCAUCAGCAGCAGCUCCUCACUCAAGCAUCACAAAUGAUGUGUGAAACGAGAUUCUCGCUCCUGAUUGUCGAUAGCGCCACGUCUCUGUACCGAACCGACUUCUCAGGUCGAGGCGAGUUGUCGUCCAGACAGACUCACCUGGCUAAGUUCAUGCGCAGUCUACAGAGGCUCGCCGAUGAGUUCGGAAUUGCCGUUGUCAUUACCAAUCAGGUUGUGGCUCAAGUUGACGGUGGCCCAAGCUCCAUGUUCAACCCAGACCCAAAAAAGCCCAUUGGUGGCAACAUCAUCGCCCACGCUAGCACAACAAGAAUCAGCUUGAAGAAGGGCCGUGGCGAAACACGAAUUGCCAAAAUCUAUGACAGUCCAUGUCUUCCCGAGAGCGAUUGCCUUUUUGCCAUCAACGAGGAUGGUAUUGGGGACCCUGCGCCAAAAGAUGUGGAGAAGGAAUGGUAGACACAGCCACGACUCCUUUGUAACUUUUAUUAUUAGGGAGCUUCUAAUGAGCUACGGUGGUAUAUAGCUAUGCGCGAAAGUAAUGAACGAGACGAGACGGACAUGCUGUAUGAGCGGAUUUGCAUGGGAGGCGUUACCGAGGGUUUUGAUUCACUUCGCAUGUUUUUGCUUCUUAUCUAUCUGGUGGACUAUGCCACAUGUUCAUUUGACGUCGAAUCAGUUGUUUCUAGAAUUGCUGCCAAGAGAUCAAUAUAGCUUGCUCAAGCUCGAUCAAAUAAGAGAUUCCCUCUUCAAAGCAAAAACAAUGAAUAAACAUAUUUUUCUAAAAACUAACCAUUUACACAGGUGUCUUGCUAGGUUCAUUCCUACUUGGAAUAUGUUGUUGUGCUAUUUUCUAUUAUGCAUAUAUUUAGCGCUUGUCAAAGAAACGGAUGGGACUUUUUUCGAGGGGCUCUAGCCCACCCCUUACUACCUAAAACCCCCCUCUUUCUCGAUCACUUACUGCUGACACCAAUCAUCUUA